AUGGACACUCAGCGGCAGGAACGCCCGGCCUGUGGAGGAGGCGACGGAGAGACGCAAUUACGUAUGCAAAUAUGCAUGCCCUACAGCAUUGUGGGAGAAACAGCCAGGGUGCAGACUGGGGGUUACAGGGCACCCCAAAACACUAGACUGUCCAAUGGGGCCCUGGUAGCACAGCUGCUUUACAGGAUUGAGCUUACUGGGACUGCAGAAUGGAGGUCGCUGUGUCCUUAACAGCAGAGAGAAUGAGGGCCAGGAAGCGUGCUUGCCAUUUCAAUUCAUACUUACCUGGCAGGGGAGAUACCAUGAUCACAAAGGUGGUUUUCCCAGGGCGAGGCUUAUCCAUUGCACUCCGGAUGUGCUGACCCCUGCGAUUUCCCCAAAUGUGGGAAACUCGACUGCAUAAUUUGUGGUAGUGGGGGACUGCGUUCGCGCUUUCCCCUGGACUCUGUGGUUCAAAAACAGAAAAUAAUUGUACUUGUUACUGUUAGCUUCAUAGUUUCCAUUUCUGGUACAGUUACUAGAACUGGUAUUCUAGAACUCAUUCUUUAAGCUUUGCUUUCUAUGGAAUUCAAGUUGUAAAAUAAUAAAGUACAAUAUCAGCAAUAAAAAUGCUAUUAAAAUGUAUAUAGUACCUAGCACAGUCCAUUACAAUUUGUAGAAGGGAUGUUCACCUGACGCCUUUGUUACAUAUCUUUGGGUGCCAGGCAAAAAACAUUCCUUUUGCCCCAGGCCUUGGGCUAAUUAAACAAUCUAUGGCCUUUUAAACUAUGGGAGGGUAUUGCUUUGAAAUAGAGGAAAACAAUAGAAUGGGAAAAACCAGACAUCUGUUCAAGAAAAUUGGAGAUAUGAAAGGAACAUUUCGUACAAAGAUUACCAAAGGACAAAAGUGGUAAGGACCGAACAGAAGCAGAAGACAUCAAGAAGAUGGGGACUUGCGAGCAGAAAGGACUUGCGAGCAGAAAGGAAUUGGACUUAAAAAUUUUACUUCAAUUUGGUACUGAAACGGGAAGGUCUAAACAGGAAGUCAGCCUUCCGUUUCUUUGUAGACAGAAUAAAGCAAAGACAACGUAAACUAGAGCUCAGAAAAUCGCCUCUAAAGGAUUGGCUUUCAUCAUUUAAAAUUGUUGAACCCCCCUUCGGCAGCAGGAGAAGAAGGGGGAUCUUUUUUGGACUGUUUAAACCUGCAGAAGUGAGUUUAAAGUAAAGUAACUUUCCACCGUCCUGAUCCUGGAGCGGGGUUUCAGGACUGACGUUGAGAUAAACGCUUUUGACAGAUAGCUAAAAGAAGAGGAACAUAGUGAUUCCAUUGUUUCCUUUCGCACCUUAAAGGAACAAAUAUUGACAAAAUAUCUGAAAAAAGGAAACUCUGUUGCUAGACUUGUCUUUAAAAGAAAGAUCAAACAGAAGUUUUCCCCCUAGAGGGAGACUGUGAAACUGUAACCAACUCCUGGGAGCUGGCAGCUGUUACAGAUUACAAUCGUGGGAAUAGACAUUUGACCUUGCAGGACAAUGUAUUCAGAAGCUCUGUUGUGUGCUUUCUAUAAAACAAAUGCCCUACUGGAACAGCUACAUGAGAAGACGAAUUUGAUGGCUGAUUCGAUUAGAAAUUUUGAACAGGCAGUGGGAAAUUUUGAACAAGCAGUGGGAAAAUAUGUGGAGCCCACCCAGGAAUUAAAUCGGGAGUGUGCCCUGACAGAACAGGCCCAACAGGAAUACAGUGGUGCCUCGCAAGACGAAUGCCUCGCAAGACGGAAAACUCGCAAGACGAAAGGGUUUUCCAUUUUUUAGUUGCUUCGCAAGACGAUUUUCCCUAUGGGCUUGCUUCGCAAGACGGAAACCUCUUGCAAGUUUGUUUCCUUUUUCUUAAAACCGUUAAUACAGUUGCGACUUGACUUCGAGGAGCAACUCAUAGCACGCGGUGUGCGUCUCCGUAGGGGCAAGAACGCGUGAAGGCGGGUUCUGAGGGAGAGGGAGCUUUGUUUCGGCGAAAAAUAGCAAGGCGCGCACACUUCCCUCCCCACAACUCCCAGUUAGGGAGGCCAGGCUCCGGGGCUCUUCGGACGGGGCUCCUUCCUUCUCCCCCCCCCAGCGCCCCGGCGGUGACAAGAGCGCCUGCCCGGGCGCUUUCCAACCCCGCGACGUCUACGGCUGCGGCAAGUUUGCCUCUCAGUGUGUGUGCGCGCGAGUGUGUGUUCUCCUCGCCCCGCUCGAGUUAGUCCCGGCGCAGCGCAGGCAGCAGGUGAGUUGCCCUUUGGCAGCGUGGAAGGCGCCGGGCCAGGCAAGGUCAGCUCGGGAGCCACCGGGGACGCGCCCCCACGCUCCUCUCCAACGGGCUGGAUGCACCCCUCUCCGCUCGCGCGCUUCUGGCUGGCUGGCCGGCUGCAGCAGCAACAGGGGCAAUAGGCAUCCACCGUCGCCGACGCUCCCUCCCUCCCUCCUGCCCGCGGCGGGCGGCUGGCUGGCUGGCGCUCUCGCUUUCUUUCGGGCUGCUGCUGCAGAAGGGAUUUUGCACCAGACAACUUUUAGGCCAGUAGGAGUUUUGACUACCGCGGCGACAGCAGCAGCAGCAGCAGCAGCAGCAAGACGGCGCCGACUGUAGUGCAAAGGGUCGGAGCAAGGCGAGCCGAACUGAUCCCGGGGGCUCAGGCAGCAACCUCUGCCCUGCCUCCCCCCACGCCCCACGCCCGCCUCUCCCUCCCUCCCAAGCACCCCCUUUUUGAGGUUUUGAAGACUUUUGAAGCUUUUCCAAAACUUUCCCGACACCGUGCUUCGCAAGACGAAAAAAAUCGCAAGACGAAAAAACUCAUGGAACGAAUUAAUUUCGUCUUGCGAGGCACCACUGUAUGAGCUUUUGGAUUUGACAAAUGAACUUGGAAAAAGCCAGAUUUGGAAAGAAAAAGUUUGGUUUGGCUUGGAAAUGGGGGGUUGGAUAGACCCUCCUAUGCAGGGAUGUUUGGACUUUUCAAGUCUGGCAAUGGGCCGUGAGAUGUUUGGGAUUGUGGGGGCUCUCAAUUUUGGAGGGUUUUUGAAACAUGUUUUUAAAUACCACAUGGAAUUUAGUGUCGAUUAUGGAAAAGGGGCUGAUCUGUCGAGAAGGGUCAAAAAUAUUGCUAAGCUGGAGUUCCCACGAGUGAAAUGAGCAGGAGACAAGGGAAAAUACAGUUACAAAUAUGAAGAAGAGCUGCGGAAGGGACAUGGAAGAGACUUGAGGGCCUCGGAUAUAAGGUGACCAGGUUAAUGCGCCAGAUCGAUGGGAUAAUAAGGACUGACAAACCCGGGACCAGGAGGAAGGGACGCUGGAUGAAGAUUGGAUUUGUUUUUAUUUCUUUUUUUUAUUACUAGGACUGUUUUAUAAAAUUGAUGAAUGUUAGAAAAAUGUUGGAAUGAAAUUAUUUGGCUUUAGUAAAAAUGUUUAAAGAAUUAUGUAAGAAUAUUAUGGUUAUGAGAAGUUGGUAAAAAUAAGAUUUAAGUUUUAAGUUCCAAGGUUUUUUAUAGUAAGAUAAGAUUAAAAUAGUUUAAGGUAAUGUAAUGACAGAAUAUUAUGAAAUGUGGAAAGGAUUUGCUGUGACAAUUAACAACCAGGACACAAGGAAGGGGAGGAGGAGGAGGUCAAGGAAAGAGGGUAAUGACAGUUGAGGAGUUGAGAAUAAUGGAUUUGUUUUUAAAUGUUUUUAAAUUUUUGUGGUGUAUUUUUGUUUUUGUUUUUUCUCUCUUAUUUUGUGUAUUUGUAUGGUUGGAAAUGGCUUGUUUUUCUCUUUUUCUACUUUGUUUUCUUUUGUAACUUUAAAAAAAAAAACUUUUUCAAUAAAUAUCAUUAAAAAAAAAGAAAAAAAGAAGAGGUGACAAGAAUACACAAAGGAAUUAUACCAGUAAGAGAUGGGUGUAUCAUACACCCCAGGAAGGUUGGUUGCUGACCUUGAGCCAGACAUCCUGGAGAGUGAAGUCAAACAGGCCUUAGAAAGCAUUGCUAAUAACAAGGCCAGUGGAAGUGAUGACAUUCUAGCUGAACUAUUAAAUUUUUUUAAAAGAUAAUGCUGUUAAGGUGCUACACUCAAUAUGCCAGCAAGUUUGGAAAACUCAGCAGUGGCCAGAGGAUUGGAGAAGAUCAGUCUACAUCCCAAUCCCAAAGAAGGGCAGUGCCAAAGAAUGCUCCAACUACCACACAAUUGCACUCAUUUCACAUGCUAUCAAGGUUAUGCUUAAAAUUCUACAAGGCAGGCUUAAGCAGUAUGUGGACCGAGAACUCCCAGAAGUGCAAGCUGGAUUUCAAAGUGGCAGAGGAACCAGAGACCAUGUGCUGGAUUAUGGAGAAAGCUAGAAAGUUCCAGAAAAACAUCUACUUCUGCUUCAUUGACUAUGCAAAAGCCUUUGACUGUGUCAACCACAGCAAACUAUGGCAAGUUCUUAAAGAAACUGGAGUGCCUGAUCACCUUAUCUGUCUCCUGAGAAAUCUCUAUGUGGGACAAGAAGCUACAGUUAGAACUGGAUAUGGAACAACUGAUUGGUUCAAAAUUGGGAAAGGAGUACGGCAAGGCUGUAUAUUGUUUCCCUGCUUAUUUAACUUAUAUGCAGAAUUCAUCAUGCGAAAGGAGGGCUGGAUGAAUCCCAAACCGGAAUUAAGAUUGCCGGAAGAAAUAUCAACAACAUCAGAUAUGCAGAUGACACAACCUUGAUGGCAGAAAGUGAGGAGGAAUUAAAGAACCUUUUAAUGAGGGUGGAAGAGGAGAGCGCAAAAUAUGGUCUGAAGCUCAACAUCAAAAAAACUAAGAUCAUGCCACUAUGAAUCACCUCCUGGCAAAUAGAAGGGGAAGAAAUGGAGGCAGUGAGAGAUUUUACUUUCUUGGGUUCCAUGAUCACUGCAGAUGGUGACAUCAGUCACAAAAUUAAAAGACGCCUGCUUCUUGCAAGAAAAGCAAUGACAAACCUAGACAGCAUCUUAAAAAGCAGAGAUAUCACCUUGCUGACAAAAGUCCGUAUAGUUAAAGCUAUGGUUUUCCCAGUAGUGAUGUAUGGAAGUGAGAGCUGGACCAUAAGAAGGCUGAUUGCAGAAGAAUCGAUGCUUUUGAAUUAUGGUGCUGGAGGAGACUUUUGAGAGUCCCGUGGACUGCAAGAAGAUCAAACCUAUCCAUUCUGAAGGAAAUCAGGCCUGAGUGCUCACUGGAAGGACAGAUCCUGAAGCUAAGGCUCCAAUACUUUGGCCACUUCAUGAGAAGAGAAGACUCCCUGGAAAAGACCCUCAUGCUGGGAAAGAUGGAGGGCACAAGGAGAAGGGGAUGAGGUGGUUGGACAGUGUUCUCAUGUUGAGCAACAUGAGUUUGACCAAACUGUGGGAGGCAGUGGAAGACAGGAGUGCCUGGUGUGCUCUGGUCCAUGGGGUCAUGAACAGUCAGCCACGACUAAAUGACUAAACAACAACCAGAAGAAGAACAACAUUAUGCAUUGUAUUAAGAGAGGGGUAUUGCCUCUGGUGGGGUACACAUCCUGCUCCUUUUGGGGUAGUUUGUGCAUUCUGAACUCAGCUCUCACCAGUAGAAGCUGUCAGCAUGCUAGUGUUGCAGCAAUAAAUCUGCUAGCACAUUUGCAAAGCUAAGCAGGGUCCGGUAUGGCUUCCAAUUGGAGGGGAAACUGUUGAGAUUCCUGCAUUGCAGGGGGUUGGACUAGAUGACCCUCGGGGUCCCUUCCAGGCCAGCUCUCUAAUUCUGACUCUAUGACAGCAUCCACACCCCCGGAAACGGCUUCAACUUGCCUACUAAGUCAAGUGACGCAGCUGAUGUUUCACAAACCCUCAGUGAGUCAGUUAGGGACUUUCCCUGCAUGCGAAGACACUAAAAAAAACACACUUUAGUCAGCCCAAACGAAAAGCCCGCAAGAGCCUUGUUUGGUCUGAGCAGCGGCCCGUCCAGUCCAGCGUCCUGUUCUUGCAGCGGCCAAUCAAGCGCCUGCCGGGAACAGAACGGGAGUGGGAACGAGAAGAAUAUCCCGGUCAAGGGCAGAGGCAGCUGGAACCAGGAACAGGAGCAGAUGCUUUCACUUCCCCAGGUAGAAAAUCAAGGGGAAGAGGCGCAAACCAUCUUCCCGACACGCGGCUGCUCCGCAUUCUGCCCUGCUCGAAGAGUGCGAUUUCCAAGCCCGCCUGCGAAAGGGCGCCGCUCCGCGGGGAGAGGCGGUAGCUGCGCUCCGGCGCCUCGGGAUUCCCCUCCGGGUUCCCCUCCCGCGACUCUCCCUGCCGCCGGCCAAUCAGGAGUCAGGGCGAGAGGAAAGGGGCACGGCGCGCGCUGUGACGUCACCCGGCCGAAGCCGAGAGCGGCGGCUGAGGGUGGGGAGGGGGAGGAGCAAAGAGAAAAAGAGCUGGGGAGGCGGGACACCCGCUUCCCCGCUCCACGCGAUUAAACGAGCACCCUUCGGGGCCAAUCGGAAGAGCGGUAGGAUGAAGCGGGCCCGUUUGGCAGGUCCGCCGGCCAAUAGGAGCUCGGAGCAGGCCAACCGGCGAGGCGCCGCCGUCCAAUCGCGAUCCGGAGGGCGGGUUAGGAAGCUCUGAGGCGGCUUCGGGAUCCUGCCUGCGUUUUGUGAGGGAAACGGGUUGAGGCGGAGAAGAACAAGAAGAAGUGGAAGGAGCGGACGAAGCCCGUGAGGGAAGCAUUGGUGGGUAUCUGCGUCCCUCCGGGGCUGGAAACGGGGCCCCUCUGCGAGGAAAUGUGGGGAGGGGCGCCGGUGUUUGUUCGGUUUUAGGACCUUCAAACUCCCUUUCAGUUUUGUUCUCUAAUGUUUUCACCUGUUUUCACCUUAAGGACUAAGGGCGGGCCAUGCUAUUGCUAUUAUACAUAUUCAUAUCAUUUUAAUAACAUGUUUUAAUUGUGGGGUGUUUUUUUUUUUACUGCAACCCCAUUAUUUUGUUCUUUCCGCAAAGCGCUUUCCAUCAGGCGGUGUAUAAACUUUAUGCAAUAAUUAAAAUAUUCUGCAUUGUUCUAUGCUGAUUUCAUUCUAUUCAUUUAUUACAUUAAUAUACCGUCCUUCAUAGAUAUUAAUAUAAAUUAAUAUACCGCCCUUCAUUAUUUGAGGACAUCCCUCUGCCUCCCCUCCCCCCCCCAAAAAAACCCCAACACCACUUUUAAUUUCCUUGGAGAAAAAGGCGGGUUAUGAAUACAAUAGGUAUCUGUAAUCACCCUCAUCCCUUCUUAGGGUCGCCCCCUUUGACCCUCGCAAGGUCUCUCUUCUUUUCCUGCUUUUCAUGACAGCCUCUCUCUCUCCCUUGAAGGCCCAGAACAAGAGGCUGUUUAUUGGAGAACUGGUUGGCAAAGCAACUGCGCAUAGGAAAGCUACAAGCUCCGGCUAAAAAGCGGGUGGAGUCUUUGCUCCAGCCCCUAAUAACCGGGGAGAGUGUUUUCAACCCAUUACUACAACAUAAUAAAAUAAAAAAUACGAUCUCUGUAUGAGGAGGGAAUGCUAGGCUAUGGGGUUGCUGACCCGCCAGAGGCUGUUGAGUGAGCUGCUUGUCCCUAGGUAGGGAUCUGGCCCCGGCUCGCCCCCUCUUCUUGGUUUGACACCCGUGUAGUGUUGCUGUUGUAAGUUUGUCUCAGUUAUAUUCCGCUCAGAGGCAGAUAUGGUUACGUUCUCUUUAUGCUCCGAACAAUCCCGUGGGGUAGGCUAGGUUGAGAGGAAGUGACUGAUACAAGGCUCUUCUUGGCUGAGGCUGGGAUUGUGUAUGGGGACUCCUUUUUGGAGAAAGAAAAGAGUUGGGAUGCACAUGUUGGGAGUGGGAAUGUCCACCCGCCCUGCUUUCAACUUGGGUGAGUUUAAGGUUGCCUCCCCCAGCCCCAGACUAAUCUAGAAGGGGUGAUGGGGAGAAGCCCUUUUCUAAGGCAGGGGAGUUUUGAUAACUACACUCUGUGUGUGAUUUUUCUAAAAAUUGUUUUCUGUUUCUCAUAUUUCUCGCCUCACCACACACAAAUUGGGUGCGUAUUCUUUGUUAAUUUUAUUUUAAAGCUUUUUUUCUGUUAGGGACCUGUCACUGAACAAUCCUAAGCAUGUUUACUAAGAAGGAAGUCCCAUUGUAUUCAGAGGGAGUUGCUCUCUAGUAAGCAUGUGUAGGAUUGCGGCAUUAAACUGUGGAAGGCAGCAUCCCAUAUGUUGUUAAAAGAUAAGAAAAGAUUCUUUCUCCUGUAGCUAUUUAGUAUGUGCCAAGCACUCUUAACUGCUGUAAAGUGUUGCUGUAAUGAAAAAUAUUAAGCCUUUAUAUAGCACUCAGUGUAUUGUACAACAAGGCAGUAGGCUAUUAUUAUUAUUAUUAUUAUUAUUAUUACUACUACUACUACUACUACUACUACUUGCCACCAAAGAAACAAACAUGAUGUCCAGGUUUCUCACCUCCAACUCUUGUAAGUACAGGGUGGUGAUGGUGCCAGAUUUCUGCCCUGUGACAGCUAGUGGCCAAACAGGCGAUGAUGUAUUUGGGGAGGAAGUUGGGUCUGUGAGAGAGGGUUCACAUUUGGUCAUCCUCUGUGGCAGAAGAGCUGCAUGGGGUGAAUAAUGAUUCCACCCGUACAUAUUGCACACCUACCAAAGAUCCUGAGCAUAUUUAGCCCUUGAGCACACAUCCCCUCUCUUUUCACAAUGGUUUGAGAUACCCAUCUCUGAAAGUAGGUAUGGGGAUUAUGGUUCCUGGUUGAGGGUGGGUCUGUUGUAGUCUCCUAACUUAAAAUAUUUGCAUUCCCAAGAAUUUAUUUUAAAAUGUACAGGAAAGUGUCACAAAAGUACAUUUUACUUUUCCCUACCCUUUUCUUUUAGUCACUGAGGAUCUGA